UGAUAUUUUUCCCUAAAAAAAAAGAUGUCAGCCUCUGGCUGUAGUAUUCCUCUUUAAAAAGCCUCUCUGAAAAUGUCAUGUCCCAGCAAUGUGACUCCUAACUCGUUUUUGAUGGACUCUAGCUGCAGAGGAGACAAUUAUUCCUCCAACCAAGGGAUGUAUAUGCAGUCUGGGAGCGAUUUCAGCUGUGGGAUGAUGAGAAACUGUGGGAUUGUGCCGUCUCUUUCCAAAAGAGAUGAGGUGAAUAACCCCAGCUUGUCUCUCAACUCUUACCCAUCUUACCUAUCUCAACUGGACAAUUGGUGUGACCCCAAAAAUACUUAUAGGAUUGAGCAACCUGUUGCAAGACAGCUCUCCUCCUGCUCCUUUCCUACCAAUGUCAAGGAGGAGAAUGUGUGCUGCAUGUAUAGCGCUGAUAAGAGGGCAAAAAAUGCCACAGAGGCUGCCCUCUACCCCAACCAGAUGCCCGACUCUCGAGCCACUGACCAUGAGGUCCCAGUGCCCAGCUACUAUCGUGCCAGCCAAGGCUACUCCAUGGAGAAGAAUCACAAUGCCAACGAGUUUGAGGCAAGUUUUGACAACAGGACGAGUCUGAAUCCAAGAAGUGAAAUCCUGGAGCAGCAGCAACAAGCGGGGGGCAAAGUCGGAUUCCCCGAAAACACCAAGACGGAUAACCAGACCUUGGCCACCAACUUGAGCACCAACCCCAGCAAUGCUACUGCUAAUGAGAUCAAAACAGAGAGGAGCCUCCCAGCUGCCAAACUAGCAGCACAAGAGGCAGACAAGGAGAUGGCCAAGAACACAGACACCAGCACUGACAACUCUGACAACGAAGCUAAAGAGGAUAUAAAGGCAGAAAACGCUACAGGAAAUUGGCUGACAGCUAAGAGCGGAAGAAAGAAAAGGUGUCCUUACACUAAGCAUCAGACCUUGGAACUGGAGAAGGAAUUCUUAUUUAAUAUGUACUUGACCCGUGAGCGCCGCCUAGAGAUUAGUAAGAGUAUCAACUUAACAGACAGACAAGUGAAAAUUUGGUUUCAAAACCGCAGGAUGAAACUGAAGAAAAUGAACAGAGAAAACCGGAUUCGAGAACUGACAUCAAAUUUUAAUUUCACUUAAAGGAAGAAAAAAAAAAAAAAAAAAAGGAGUCCUGAGCAUCCCCCCCAACCCUCUCUACUCCACCAAUAAGACGUCUCAGAUAUAAAUAGCCAACAUAAUCCGCACCUGAACAUUUUCUAGGUCAUUAAUGCAACGCUUUAAGAUAAAGCAGGUAGUCAGUAUGUCAGGCUAGGUGGCUCCUUCUACCCCUGCCCACAGUUUGUACAUAAAGACAGGCGCUUCAGUAUAAUGCAUGAUCCUAUUAUAUAUUGCAUCCUUGUUUCUAUGUUAAGAUGGUCAGUGAGCCAGCUACUGAAAUUGCAUUUUUAAGUUAUUUACUUCCAGCACAAAAACUCCAGAGACCUUUUAAAUCUCAUGAGCCUACCAAACAUAUCCUUUAACUAAACCUUAAAAAAAAAAAAAAAAAAAACAUAUAUAAAAAAAGGAUUAAAAAAACAACAACAAUUUUGCUUUCUUACAUCAGUGUAACCUGUAUAUUGUAUCUGGAACUCGAAUGACAAAUCGGAUUUUAAAUGUUUGUAAAUGAGAAUUUGCAGUGAAGUUAUGAACUUUCUCUCAAUAUAAGAAAAUAUAUAUAGAAAUCUAUAUCUUAUGCAGUUUCUUUAUCUGGUCCACUGCAUAUUUAAAUAAGAAAAAAAAAAGAUAAGACAGUAUUGAUAAUCCUUAAGGAAUACAUUUCUCGUGUCUGUUAUUUAAGUACACUAUGUAUGUGUCAUUUUUGCAUGUAUUUUCCUUUGUGGAUAUAAAAAAAUAAUAAUAAUAAAUUUCCUAGAACUGA